CGGAUAAGAAGCGUUUUUUUAACCGGAUAAGGAAGGAGGAAUGAAUAGGGGAAGGGGAAGGAAGGGUGUGGAGGAGAAUAGAGAAGGGGAUUGAUCUGAUUAAAGUGGAGAUGAUAUAUACUUUGCUUGAACUUUUAUUGUCUUCCUUUUUCCAUUUGAAAUCCUCUUUUAAAUUUCUUUUGGGAAACGAUAAAAAAGCCCACAUAAAAAAGCCCACAGAAAAGCCCACACAUUUUUCCCUUGUUGUUGCUUCAAAACACUUUAAUGAACAGCUUUACAGUUUUAUAAAUAAGAUACUUUUUGUCUGGUAAAAUUUUAAUUUUUUUCAGAAAAAUUUUUUUUCUGAAUUUUUAGGUAAUAAAAAUGUAUAUUUUAAAUUCAAUUUUAAUUUUUCUAUUAAUUUUAAUUCAAAUAAAAUGGUCAUUUUGUUUUUCAAAAAAUUUUUUAUUUAAUCAAAAUGAAAGAAAAUUUCCAACAUUUUUAAUAGAUUUUGAAUUAGCUUCAGUUUUGUGUCAACAUUCAAAUAAUCCAAAAGAUUUACAUUUACACGAUAUUUCUGUUGGUUUAUUCGGCCAAGAUGACGAGUCUUUCCCUCACUGUCGUCAUUUACAAUGUAGAGGAGGUACAAGAAAAGAAGUUGAUUGUAGUGGUAAAGGGGCUUGUAUAUUUGAUGGUUUUACAACUAGAUGUUUUUGUAAUGAAGGAUAUUAUGGAUUGAAUUGUGAAUAUUUUGGCAAAAAUGAAGAAAAAGAAGCAUUUGAUGAAUUUGGCUUAGAAUUUGGAAAAGUAGUAUUAAAUAAUAAAUAUCCAAAUGAAAGAAAAAAUUGGUUAAAAAUGAAGGAAAUAAUUAAUGAAGCAAAAGAAGCUAAUAAGAAACAAAAGGAAUUUGGUUUGUUAAUAGGGAAGGGAAGAAUGGAAAUGGUUGAAGGAGGAGGACAUGAAACUUCUACUAAAGCAACAAGUAAAAGUAAAGCUACUGAAACAACUGAAUUACCAAAUUUUGAAGCAACAUCUGCUUCAAGUUCCGAAGCAAAUACAAGAAGAUAUAAUACUGAAGCAAGUUCAAUUUUAAAUCUUGAAGCAACUUCUGAUUCAAGUUUUGAAACAAGUACAAGAGGAUAUAAUACUGAAGCAAGUCCCUUAUCUACUCUUGAAGCAAAUUUUGGAGCAACUUCAGUAAAAAAUUCUCAAGCAAAUACAAGAACAUAUACUGAAGCAAGUUUAGAAGCAUCUUCUGCAUCAAAUACAGAAGCAAGCAAAUUAGCGAUUUUUGAAGCAAUUUCUGCUUCAAAUUCUGAAACAAGUCCAAAAGUAUAUAAUACUGAAGCAAGUUCAAUUUUGAAUCCUGAAACAACUUCUGCUUCAAAUUCUAUAUUAUAUACUGAAUCAUAUACCGAAGUAACUUCAUUAUUAACUUCUGCAUCAAAUACUGAAGCAACUUCAAUAAAAAAUUCUGAAACAAGUUUAAUUUUGAAUCUUGAAGCAAUCACAAAAGCAGGUAGAGAAACAGCCUCCUCAUCAAAAAUCAAAGCGACCUCCUUAGAAACUGCUGAAACAACUUUUUCAAACUUUGAACCAAAAUCUGAAGCAAAUACUGAAGCAACUAUUUAUUUAAAUACCCAGAUAAAUCCAGGAGAACAUUCUACAAAAGCUUCAACAGUUAAAGAAUCAAAAUCUAAUAAGCCAAAUAAUGAAGCGAUUUUAGUAGAUAAUGAAGCAAAUUUUAAACCAAAAAUAGAAGCUGAAGCAACUUCAGCUUCUACACCAAAUAAUGGGGAAAAUUUGUUAGCAGAAACGGAAGCAGCUUCUUUAUCGACUAUUCCAACGGGCAUUGAAGAGACUUCACCCAGAACUGAAUAUGCUUCAACAAAAAAAUUUUCAACAAAUGAAGCAAAUUUAUCAAAACAAAUGAAGCAACAUUUUCUGACUUCUGAAGCACCAAUUACUGAAACUCCCAAUUAUGCUUCAUCUUUACCUUCAACUUUUAAAAUAAAUUCUGAAAUAACUUUGUUACAGGGUGACCAUCUCAAAACCACUAAAAUAGGGCGCAGCCACUUAAAAAUGUGGCAAAAAUAG